AUGGGAUGUGCUGGAUCCUCACAAGCCAAAGCAGACGGGAGUGUGAAGAAAAUCCGGAAGCCAAAACCUUGGAAGCAUCCUCAGCCUAUUACAAAGUCUCAGCUGAUACAGAUGCGUGAUGAGUUUUGGGAUACUGCUCCUCACUAUGGUGGAAGGAAAGAGAUUUGGGAUGCACUUCGAGCUGCUGCUGAAGCUGAACUGUCCCUUGCGCAAGCAAUUGUGGACAGUGCUGGUGUCAUUGUGCAAAAUGCUGAUUUGACAAUAUGCUAUGAUGAAAGAGGUGCAAAAUAUGAACUACCGAAGUAUGUUUUGAGUGAGCCAACCAAUUUGAUCCGAGAAACUUAA